AUCUGCAGUAACGGCGGAGUCAAGGCGGAGGACUUGUGGCCGGCAGGCCAGCGGGCGCUUUGCAAGAUGCAGGAUAAGUUUCGGUUCUUCCACGUUCCCAAAGCAGGGUCAUCUUUUGCACCGCUGGUUUGGGCCAUGGCGUGCGAAGCUGGAAACAAAUCGUUGGACCUGCUGCUCAAGCCGGGAGGACUCACUAGGUUUCCCGCCGGAGUGCUCGGGCCGCGUUGUAAUGUGCGCUACCUCGGGGGCGGCUCGCGUGUCGAGCCCGACUACCAUCACGCAGCCCUUCGUGGCGACGAAGAGGUCGCCGCGGCCAUUGGUGUCUUCCGCGAGCCCGCGUCGCGUAUCGUGAGCGCAUAUCAUUAUGACUACCAUGUGCACCUCCCUACAUGGGACCAAGCGCCCAUAAAUCGCACGGCGUUGCUGGCGCUCCCCGAGGCGAACAGUACGCGUCUCCUUGCGUUCGCGCGCCUCCCGAUCGUGAGUAACACUGCGACCAAGAUGCUUAUUGGCUCACCUCCGGGCUCGAUACGGCGCAUCGUGGCCGCAGAUAUCACUCUAGCCCUGCGACGCGUCGCCGCUUUGCGCUUUGUCGCUAUCACGGAAUGUCUUCACGAGGCAGCCGACGUCCUCCGCGUGGCCAAACAUGACUGGGGCUUGGACAAUGUCUCGUUGCCACCACUCCGUUCAUUCCGUACAAACUCUCUUCUCGGUGCCAAUGACCGGCAACUCGAUAUCUUGGCUGUUACCGCUGAUCUGCUACGGCGGUGCAGCGUCCAUGACAUGGACGAAUAUGACGCAGAUGUUGAGAUUUACAAUGUCGCAGCCUGUCGUUUCCACAGGGCUCGCCACAUUGCUCACGUUGAGCCCCAGUCGCCGUUGUGCGCUGAGUCGGCGCGCACAUUCUCGCCGCAGUUCUGUCGUGCGAGACAUAUCUAAGAUGGAUAAAUCGUGUGCACACGAGGCGCAGCGUAUUCUAAAGGCUGUGGAGAGCAAUUAAAGUACAAGGAUUGCGGUUAAUGAAGCGCUGCAGAUCCCAGUUAAGCCAGGUAUGGGGCUAGUAUGAUUUAAAGUAACUCGGGUU